UAGGACAAACGGGACAAAAGAAAAAAAAAACUAAUGUGAUCAGAAUGUGAAUUGUGUGAAGCAAAGAGAAAGAGUGAGAAAGCGAGAUAACAUUUUUAGACGAACGCUCUUUGGCAAUGAUGGAUAUCAAAUUUUAUUUGUCGGACAUGGCAUAGUCAUUUAUGACCAGAAACAGUCAAUGAAUGGAGCAAACAUGAUUGGAAAUAAUCUACCGUUAUUAUUCACUGUUUUAUCAAUGAACUGAUAGCCGUAAAGCUUGAUGGGACAAAUGGAUCAUCAUCUCUGUACAUCGCCGGCGAUAGAUAAAAACGAGAGAACCAUGAUGGUUUCAACUAUAUGCUACGUUAGAAUCGAGCCGACCGACAUCACUUCCAAGCAGGGCCAAAAUGUAGUUUGGUGCCUCAUCCAGUCUAUCGUAAGAAUUCCAAGGAAAUAGCAAAAUUGUAGCGUAAGUGAAAGUAACCGAUAAGUGGAAAACAAUAAAACUGAGAAAAAUGUUUUAUCUGUCUGUUUUUUGAAUGAGAAAUCCGUUUACUUUUUGAAUAUUGAAAUCCCGUUAGGGAACGUUCAAAAAUUACGUCCAACAUUUGGGGGAGGGGGGGGUCUAGAAAAGUGUGACAGUACGUGUAUUAGGUAUAGGAAAAUAGCGUGACAGAGGGGGGAGGGGGGGUCUAGAAAUCCCAAAAAAUGAUGGACGUAAUUUUUGAAUCUUCCCUUAACAGAGUUCAUCAUGAAAGGUAAGUUAGUUUCAUUAUAGAAGGAACGUGUUUUGACUCUCUGGGUUCAUUGUGUUUCAUAUUUGGCUGUUACCGGCUACGAGGCAACACAACAAACCAGAAGGAGGCGAGUGCGUGCAAUCGAUUGUGGGUUGCCCAUUUGUCGUGCGCUGGAGGUCUCAGAUCUCUCACCCUCUGUUGUAUGCGCACUCUCUGUGUGCUUGUCUCUGCACGGAGAAACGAAAGUACUCAAAAGUGAGUUCAUUCCACCCAACUUCGAUGUUUCGUGCGGUAAGCCAAUUUUGAGUUGAUGGAGUCGAUUUUGAGGUACACUCUGAAAUAAUAAUAAUCCUAAACUGUUUAAAAUUUAAUCCCUUUUGUCAUUUGCGGCAUUUAAACAUAUAUCAGUUUAAAAAGUAUACUGACGGCAUUUAAUAAUUUAAACUAAGCCAGAUUUAGAUGAGAUAAUUUUUUCAAGCGUUUUAAUUAGCCCGAGAUAAGUCAUGUUGGAAAACUCCACUCCAGCUGCUGCAACUUGCUCAUCAAAAACAUUUACCGUUGAAAAACUUUUUCUAAGGAUGGUUUAUCAAAGAAAAUCGGCCCACGGAUGCAGAGGUGAGUGUUCAAAUUAAUAAUUGAUACCAGACGACAAUAGGUUAAAAUUCAAUGUUUUCUAGGACACAUCGUUAGCAGGGCAACACCAAACAGAUUCCUUCAUUGAAUGCCCAACGAUGGAAGUGUUGCUGCUUCCCCAUCAUCGACCGCCGGAAACUUCAAAAAAUGGAACUAGUUCUAGCAUAAGUCCAGCUCCUGGUACAAUCGGGAGCGGCAAGGUAACGGCAACAGUGGAUACGAAGGAAACUGCGAUGGAUGAUUCGUUCCGUGAUGGUGGAUUCCGCAACGGUGGCGGCAGUGCUGGUGGACCCCCAUGUAGGACAGCGAGAAUCAAUUGAGCCACGUCCAAAACGGAAACGUUCCAUUUCUUCGCCAAGUAAGUGAAGCUCGGACGCGGCGGAAACAAAUUCCGCGAAUCUUAGGAGCACUACCGGCUGUCGGUGUUAAUGGAUAUGCAGCGCAACGGGAACGGUCAACAACAAGAGAUCACUGGACAUCAACCGGGCGCGAGAAACCGGCGAAAUAUUACAAAGAUUGCCGAAAAUAUGAAAUAUUUGUACCUAAAUCCAUUCGAAUUAAAUUUUGCCGAUUUCAUUUAUUCUUAAUAUUUUUUUUUCAUUUUUUCUAAUGAAAACAAAAACAAAGCAAUCUAAGCAAAUUCUCGAUAAAUCCAGGUUAAACUAGCUUAAAUUUUUACAACUUAUACUGGAAUUUGUUUUUAUCAAAGUUAUACUAGGCCAGUAUAACCUGCAUAUAAACUAAGCUUGGGGUCAACCAGGCGAAAUGAAUUUAGUGUGGGAUUUAUACCAUUUAGUUUAGAUUUUUUUCUGAGUGUAGGUAGUUUGCAUUUAGGCGUAUACGGGCAAAGUACCUGAAAUCAAAGUUCUUUUUACUCAACCGUCAGUUAAAAUUACUCAACUUUCGGUACUAUGUCACUUACUCAAUUUUGGCUUCCCGCAUCGAACUCUCCAAGUUGGGUUGUUUUGCUAUUCAUUCUUUGACAACAAUAAAAAGAGUGAAUGAAAGAGGAUGCAAAAAAGAACUCAAAAGUGAGUUUAAAAAUACUCAAAUUUGGGUUCUCUUGUUUUUCAGUGUGUGCUUUGCACUUUGCUUGACACUACACAUGAUUGGGGAAAAUUCGUAUCAAACGACCCAUCCCUUGUAAGUCCUUGACAAGCUUAACAACUUUGCCGAAAACACAAACUCUCUAAUUAAUUUAUUAGACAUAAUCUGGCCAAUCCCUGGCUAUAUUUUGAAAAAAAGUUGGUAUAAACUCGGGUAUAAAUUAUCGGAACAGUUCAUUUUAUUCAAUGAACAAAGUGUAUUUAUAAUUUCUGAAACAGUCUAUAUUUAUCAAUAAUCAGUACCCAUUUAUUUCAUUCAUUUCAUUUAUUUAGUUAACAUCAAAUUCAUGAUAAUACUGAAUCAACAAUUUGCCGCCAUAAUACUCGAUUUGUAGCUGCAGCUCUCCAACGUCGGUCACGCCCAACGCUCGCCAGAUCACGCUCCACCUGGUCCGCCCAUCGUGCCCUCUGCGCUCCACGCCUUCUUGUACCAACCGGAUGGUUAGCAAACACCAACUUUGCAGGGUUGUUGUCCGGCAAUCUUGCAACAUGCUCUGCCCACCGUAUCCGUCCAGCUUUAGCCAUUUUCAGGAUAUUGGGUUCACCGUAGAGUGCAGCGAGCUCGUGGUUCAUCCUUCUCCGCCACACACCGUUCUCCUGCACGCCGCCAAAGAUCGUCCUUAGCACGCGUCGCUCGAAAACUCCGAGUGCUUGAAGGUCCUCCUCGAGCAUCGUCCAUGUCUCGUAUCCGUAGAGAACCACCGGUCUUAUUAGCGUCUUGUACAUGGUACAUUUGGUGCGGGGGUGAAUCUUUUUUUUACCGCAGUUUCUUCUGGAGCCCAUAGUAGGCACGACUUCCACUGAUGAUGCGCCUUCGUAUUUCACGGCUCACGUUAUUGUCAGCCGUUAGCAAGGAACCGAGGUAGACGAAUUCUUCUACCACCUCGAAAGUAUCCCCGUCUAUCGUAACAUUGCUGCCAAGGCUUGUCCUGUCUCGCGCAGUCCCACCUACCAGCAUGUACUUUGUCUUAGCCGCAUUCACCACCAGUCCGACCUUUGCUGCUUCACGUUUCAGGCGGGUGUACAGUUCUGCCACCGUUACAAAUGUUCUAGCAAUAAUAUCCAUGUCAUCCGCAAAACAGACAAAUUGGCCGGCUGUUGAGCCCGGCUCGUCGCAUAACACCUUCUAAGGCGAUGUUGAAUAGUAGACAGGAAAGUCCAUCACCUUGUCGUAGUCCCCGUCGAGGCCCAUAUAGCCGAGGCGGUAAACGCACGGGUAUUCAGCAUGACCAUGCUGAGGGUGACGGGUUCGAUUCCCGGUCGGUCCAGGAUCUUUUCGUAAAGGAAAUUUCCUUGACUUCCUUGGGCAUAGAGUAUCUUCGUGCCUGCCACACGAUAUACGCAUGCAAAAUGGUCAUUGGCAGAGGAAGCUCUCAGUUAAUAACUGUGGAAGUGCUCAUAGAACACUAAGCUGAGAAGCAGGCUUUGUCCCAAUGAGGACGUUACGCCAAGAAGAGAGAGAGAGAGUCCCCGUCGAGAUUCGAAUGAACUGGAUAGUUCACCCGAAAUCCUUACGCUGUUUUGUACACCGUCCAUCGUUGCUCUUAUCAGUCUGGUAAGCUUCCGGGAAAGCUGUUCUCGUCCAUGAUUGUCCAUAGCUCUGUGCGGUCGAUUCUGUCGUAUGCCGCCUUGAAGUCGAUGAACAGGUGGUGCGUUGGGACCUGGUAUUCACGGCAUUUCUGGAGGAUUCGGUAGCUCCGGUAGCUGUUUGGUUUCCCAGAUCUUGACUACUAACUGGUGCAGACAGGUGGCCAACUUUUCUGGGCCCAUCUUGAUGAGUUCUGCUGCGAUACCGUCCUUACCAACCGCUUUGUUGGUUUUGAGCCCAUCCAUCCUUAACUUCCCUCAGCGUGGGAGUUGGUUCGUUUGCGAUUGCGUUUGUUGUGGUGAUCUCCACGUAUAACGAUACGGGAGGCUGUGCUGGAAGAAGGUGCCACAAAUGGCCAUGUUCUUGGAGACGGCGAAAUCGAUGAGGCGUAGAAACUCAGCAAAGAUGGGACUGAUAUGCGAUCAUGGGCAGUUUAGGUCUUCUAUAUGAUGAUCUUGACGUCGUGGUUUGGACGCGUUCGAGCUGCGCGUAAAAUCUGUCUUUGUCAUCAUCAGUGCAUCCGGAGUGAGGGCUGUACACGUUUAUUAUGCUGAUGUUGAAGAAUCGGCCCUUGAUCCUCAACCUGCACAUUCUUUCCCGAUCACGCGCCUCUGCAUGUCGCCCAUCACUAUAAAAGCUGUUCCCAGCUCACGUGUGUUGCCGCAACUCUGGUAGAUGGUAUGAUUACCUCUAAACGUUCGCACCAUAGAUUCUGUCCAACACACCUCCUGCAGCGCUAUGAUUCCGAACCCGCGGUCCUUUAGUAUAUCGGCGAGUAUGCGGGUGCUCCCGAUGAUGUUGAGAGAUCUGCAGUUCCACUGUGGUCGUCGCCAUUGGUAUCGGUUCGCAUUCUUCCCUUGUUGAUUUUUCGGUGCUAGUCUUUUUUACGGCUGGCUCGCAGGGCCUGACACCAACCCACUAACCCAAGGAGCUGGGCUUACCUUCCCGGAAGCUACGGGUUCUGCAUUGGCAUUUCCUCCAACUACAGUGCUAAAUAGCUUGGCUCAAGCGCCAGUUUUCGUACCAAUUUACCUGAUAAAUACAAUUUUUGAGAUUUAGAUUUAGGUCUUGAUUGAAACUUGUGUGUUUUCCAAACACUUCUCAAUGCUAGCACUGCCUUUGUGUUGUAUUACGCUAUUGAAUCAAAUCUUUAGGAGUCUGUCGAUAGGAAGGGUGUAGCUCACCUGAUUGCAUAUUGUAGUGGUGUGCAGCUUAAGGGCCAUGGGAAGCGCCUCCUCGAUGCUCUGUUGUUGCUUACAUAUGUCCCUUGGUGUGUUAGGGGAUGUCUCGUAGUUUACCAGGCUUUCGAGCGUUGAUGUACAUUGUUCACGAUGGAAAGUUUGGGGUGUAGGUUGCCGAUCGUCAAGUCGUGGUCAAAGUCGUUGUAAGCGUUGUUCGCGCACAACGCGAACGGUGUGCAGCGUUUCAACCCUGGUCUGUACAGUUGCCUUUUUCACUCUGCUGUUAGCCUUGUUUCCAUAGCCCGUUCCCACCUGAAUCUAAUCCUCGUAUAGAAAACACACAGCUAACCUCGAGUCGCCGCGAGUAUUUCGGCCACCAACACUAGUAAUCCUACAUUAUAGAGAUCUGCGGAGGCAGCCAUUGUGAGCCAAUCGUGCAGAGAGAACUGUCAAAGAGUAAGCCAAAUGAACAUGCUUAUCGUUCGUAGGAAGGCGUCGUUUGAACGGUAUUGCAAUCGGAACUAAAUAAAUUAAAAUUAUUUAUUUUUAAUAUCGAGAAAUUGGUGGCAUAUGUAAGUUUAGUAAAGAGAUAAAAAAAUAUUGAUUCUGCUUUCAAAAGCUCAUGCUUAUGACGACACUUUUGUUGCUGCACUUGUCGAAAAAACAUCCAUUGCUACUUCUUGCUUCACUUCUGCCGAUAUGAUUAGGGUAACACUUUUGCAAUAAAUUUCAGAUUUCUUCGAUUGCUCCGCUAUUUCAACAACAUUUUGAAUGAAAUUUCUACCAUAAUUAGAAAAUGUAAACAAAACAACUUGAACCACAACGAAGUCACGCACAAAGUUUGAACAUCUUGCUUUGUAGCAAGUGUUGGCAGCUGUUGUAAACAAAACAAACAGCGUUGCCGAAUCGACAUACGUAACUUCCGCUCAUCUCUAUGUAGAGGAUUUCUAACCAACACUAACAAGCACCCUCAUCCUAUCCAACUCCAAGUCUCCACGCACGCACUACUACAAACAAAUCCCCAGCUUGAGCUCUCGACCGACAUGCAAGCCGACGAACGCGCCAACUGUCUCGCGCUGAUUGGUUGGCGCCUUUUUCACACUUCAACCAAUGCCCUGUCAACAUGCAAUAAUAAGAAGAAGCUAUUUAUUAUAAAUAUCGCACCCAUUGUGAAGAGCAUUCAUUCAGUUUCUAGCCGUUGUAUGGCACACUUCAAUAAACCGUCCCAGUUCGAUUCGAAGCAAAAAGCAGUUUUCUUUCUACGAAGCAGCCGAACCAUUUGUCCUUCUUAGGACAGAGUUAUUCAAUCUAAAGUCUGAGUAUCGACAUUCCAGGCGUUCCUGAGGAAGGAACUGGCCGACACCCCUGGCAUUCCGAAAAGGAAUUGGCCGCUCCAGCAGGGAUCCUCCAACCGAGAGGAUUGCCCUCAUCAUCUAGUGUCCGUGAUCGGACAUUUUGGUCCUUCGAGCCGGAUCCGAAGCGAUCCGCUCCCAGCGCGUUGCAACCGCAACAGAGGAUUGGCAAUCAACCGAAUUGCCACCGUUCCCGUCCGUCGAUGCUCAGCAGAGUUAUUCAGAGUGAUUUUUCCUGGCUGCUUCGAGGAGGGAAAUUGCUUUUUGUUGAGUGCAAAAGGAGUGCCCCUGCGCAAGAAAACAUUCCGUGUGUGUGAAAACCCAUCGUUGCGGGACCGAGCCGCAAGCGAGAACAUUUCAAGUGAAAAGGUGAAUUGCGAAAAACUUUCCGUAAGUGCCGGUUGCCGGCGUCGUCGCGAAAAAGUGAAAACCGUUAGCCGCCGCAGCGGCAGAGUCUUGAGUGCGAAGAAGAAGAUUGUUGAACGUGUCCGAACACGUUCGAUCCUGUUGCUGUUGUGCAGUGUCAAGCACCGUUGUCGUGUUCGAUGCCGAUCGAGCACACACCAACGAAGACCGACCAGAAGGAGAGGAUGGCGGAGCUCAAAUCGCUUGUUCACCUACGCGGACAGGUGAAGGCGAAAGUGACGCGCAUCCGCAAAGCCGUCGAAGAAGCAUCCGGAGCUGGAGCAGUACAAUUGGAUCCGAUCCAGUUGAAGCUGUACCAGCGAAAUUUGGAAACCCACUACAAAGAGUAUUGCGAUUUGCACCGACAAAUUGUGACUCUGACACCCACCGAGAAGCUGGCCGAGCAAGAUGAAAGCUACGUCUUUUUUGAAGCCCAGCACAACGAUACCUGUCUGUUGGUCGAGACGCUGAUCCAGUCCAUGACCGAGAUUCCCGAUAUGAGACUGGCACGGCGAAACCAACCAGAAGAAGCUCCCCGCAUUAUAGUCCAGCAGCAACCGCUGAAGGCACCCAUCCCCACCUACGAUGGGAAACCAGAGAACUGGCCGCGCUUCAAGGCCAUGUUUCUCGACGUGAUGAAAACCUCCACGGAUUCCGACGCCAUCAAGCUCUACCACCUGGAUCGAGCCUUGAUCGGCGGUGCAGCGGGAAUCAUCGAUGACUGUACCAUGCAGUCCAACAACUACGCCCACGCAUGGAAGCUGCUCGAGGAGCGGUUCGAAGACAAGCGCCUAAUCGUGGAUACCCACAUCAUGGGUAUGCUGCAGCUGAAGAAGAUGACCCGACCCAGUGCGAAGGAGCUCCGAGAGCUGAUCGACGAUGUAACCCGGCACAUCGAUGGUCUAACCCUAAUGAAGGAGCAGAUGCUCGGAAUGUCUGAGCGCUUCGUCGUGAACCUGGUUGCGACAGCGUUGGACAGCCGAACCCGAAUGGAGUGGGAAGCAACCGUGCCCCACAAACAACUACCAACCUACAAGGACACGAUGGAUUUCCUGAAGAAACGCUGCUCUAUCCUUGAGCGGUGUGAAGAAGCGACUACGAAGCCUACUCCGAAGCCGUAUCCAGCGAAGAGUUCCAGCCAACUGAAGACGUAUGCUGUCACCGAGAAAGCAGAACCGACCUGCCGAGUGUGUGGCAACGGAAGCCACCCGAUCUACAAGUGUGACGCCCUACGCCAGAUGUCCGUUCCAGAACGAGAAGCCAAGGUAAGAGAGCUCAAAUCUUGUUUUAAUUGUUUGCGAACGGAUCAUAGGAGUUGA